AUGGAUGUACAGCGUAUGAAAUUGUUCGAGAACCAGCUAUUUCAAUGGGAAGAUCGACUAGUUGACCUCGAAAAUGAAAUUUCUCUCAUUGAAAAUCAAUUUCAGCUUGAUUUAGCUACAUAUACACAAGCAGAAGAUAAUAUAGGCCAAAUAGAAAGGCUUUUAGAUGCUUUUGAAGAUGCAGUUAUGCAACACGAAAAUAACAAAACCAAAAAUCCAUCUAUUUAUUAUCAAAAUAUCGACGAAAUUAAAUUAUUAUCAAGAAAAAUCGAAGAUUUCCAAUAUAAAUUCGAAGAUUCACGAGCUAAAUUAUUCAAUGACGAGCAAAUUUCUGUUUUAGAAGCAGCCAAUUUAAUAUCAAAUUCAUCAGCUCGCUUUAAUAGAAUUGUUACCACUAUUCAAGAAAACCAAUAG